GCAAUACCCAUGAGGCGCCGCGGCAGCCGCCGGAAGCGCGGCGCUACCGCUAGGGUUUGUGGGAAGCGGGCCUCUUCCCUUCCGGUGCCGGGCGCCAUCAGGUAGACAGACAUGGGUGCCUACAAGUACAUCCAGGAGCUAUGGAGGAAGAAGCAGUCGGACGUGAUGCGGUUCCUGCUGCGUGUGCGCUGCUGGCAGUACCGGCAGCUGUCGGCCCUGCACCGGGCACCACGCCCCACCCGCCCGGACAAAGCCCGCCGGCUGGGGUACAAGGCCAAGCAAGGUUACGUGAUCUACCGUGUCCGUGUCCGCCGUGGUGGCCGCAAGCGCCCAGUCCCGAAAGGUGCCACCUAUGGCAAACCCGUGCACCACGGUGUUAAUCAGCUCAAGUUUGCCCGGAGCCUUCAGUCUGUUGCAGAGGAACGUGCUGGCCGUCACUGUGGGGCUCUGAGAGUCUUGAACUCGUAUUGGGUUGGUGAAGAUUCCACUUACAAGUUUUUUGAAGUGAUUCUGAUCGAUCCCUUCCAUAAGACCAUCAGGCGCAACCCCGAUACCCAGUGGAUCACCAAGCCCGUCCACAAGCACAGGGAGAUGCGUGGGCUGACGUCAGCUGGGCGGAAGAGCCGUGGCCUUGGCAAGGGCCACAAGUUCCACCACACCAUUGGUGGCUCCCGUCGUGCCGCCUGGAGAAGGCGCAAUACCCUGCAGCUGCACCGCUACCGCUAAUCCUUGUAAACGUAACCAUCUAAUAAAGCUGAUGCGGGUUCUUAAAUUCCACGAGUGCUUCUGCUGCUUCUUGGUGUACGUGCACAAGUAUAGAAUUCUCCAGGAGCUCCAUUGUUUCCAUAGUUUGACAGGCUUUUGAAAAUGUAAUUUGAUACUUGUGAAGUUUGUAGGCCGCAAGUUUAGAGUUCUGUGACGGGUUUCACUUUUGGUAAGGGUUGGAGUCUCUGUCCUGUGCUUAGACUGAAGGCCAGCUUUGAUCCUGUGCAAUGAGAUAUAAACUGAAAGUGCUUGUUUAUUUUUUAUAGGCGAUUAAAUACUCAUGACAAUUUUA